AUGAGUCGUCAGAUGAGCGACCUGAUUAUAACGCCACUUACACCCGCUCAAGAAAGAAAAGCUUUGGAACCAAUGACACAAAGUUUGAUGACAAAUCGAACUAUUCCACCUACACACGGGACAGGUCCGAAAAGAAAGGUAGCGAACAGUGACAAUGAUCAGUCUUUAUACAUUAAUACUGACACAUAUCGAAAGUCAAGAAAAUCACGCUCAAGUUUAAGUCAAGAAUCGGAGAAUUUGAAUUCAAAUACAUUUACAAAGUCAACCAAGCCUAAACGAGUUGAAAGUUUAAUAAAACGUUUUGACAUGAGCUUUUGGCGUCGAAACAAAGAAUCCAAGGAUAAAAGUCCAUCGCCGUCUGGUAUAGAAACCGUUAAACGUUCGAAGAAUAUUUUUAAUCUUAUGACAAGCGGAAGAAAAUCAACUCGUGAUGUUGGGGUUGAGUGUAAAAUGGACGAAGAUCGCGAUUAUUACAGUGGAAUGGGAACAAGAAAGUCUUCUGUUCAGUCACUGAUAUCAAAUCAAAGGUACCGACCAUUAAAAAGAUCGCAACGAAAUGAAAACGGAAACAAUCAACAGAUUACAAGUAUCAUUAAAUCGCCAGACCGUCGAAUUUAUGAGAAUACUAAAAAAUCAACAAUUUCAAUGCCAGCACCGAUCAGAGUCGAAAUUGGACUUCGUAAUGAAAAUAAAAAUUCAUCAGAUUAUGAAACAAAAAGAAAGCCUGUUGGAAUUGCAAGCCCUUUACCUCAAACACGAGCUCGAUCUGUUUUAAAAGGCGGAACAUUAAGAGUCAAUGACAAUAAAAAAUCUUAUUUGCCGCAAAGGACACAAGAAAAGAAUUAUUUUAACAGAGAAGGUACGGAUAGGCAAAGUUUCAAAGAUUAUCGUGACAAGUUAAAGCUCAAGAAUGAAAAUCGACGUGUAACUGAUAACUCUGAUGAUGAACUUCGCAAAUCAUAUCAAAGAAGUUUCUUCGUUCCAAUGUAA